UAUUUAGUCAUUGGGAAAUUUACGAUUUUCAAUUGUCAUUUUAUAAUUCUCUUUGUGUCAUAUUGUCAAGAUAGAUUUGAAAAAUUAACAUCAAAUAUUUUAUUUAGGAUAUUAGGUAGGUAAUAAUAUCUUCGAUGGCUUUACCUUGGCAUAUUCCUCUAGAAGCUGUACCAACCUUAAAAGAUAAAACAUCUGUGAUACAAAAUACAUUAUUGAAACAUUAUUGUACUAUAAAUGUCCAUGAAAAUCCAUGCGAAGAAUUACAGACUGGCCUUAUGUGUGAUAUUGGUGUAGAAAAUCGCGAGCCAACUACAAUACAACGUUUGAUUGCUUCUGGCAUGACUGUCGCCCGAUUAAACUUGCGAGAUUUAGAACCAGAGGCUUGUUCUCAAUUGAUCCAAAGCAUUAGACAAGCAGUGUAUAAUUAUAGCGCUGAAUUAGAAUAUGUGUAUCCUUUGGCUCUUAUUGUAGAUGUCAGAGGACCAGAUAUUGUUACGGGAGAUUUAAAAAGUGGUCCAAAUACGACAAUCGAAAUUAUGCAAAAUGAAAACAUUAGAUUGACCACAGACGCUAGCUGGCGUGAAAGCGGUACAGCUGAGUGUCUUUACUUGGGUUAUGAUCAUCUGAUCGAUUUACAGCCAGGUGAUGUAAUUAUUAUUGACAGUUUGACACCUUCUAAAAUCAAGCUGUUAGUAUGCGAAGUGGGUGAUGAUUCAGUUGAAUGUUCAGUAGUCGUGGGAGGUACCAUUGGUGCUAAAAUGACUGUGCGAAUAUCGCAAAUGCCUCGCGACAUACCUAGUUUAGAUAAGGGCCGAGGCGACAGCUUAGAUUCAAUGUCGGGUAGUGAUACUUCAGAACAACCAUUCGAACAUAUGGAACAACAAAUUGCUUGGGCAGUAUCAUCAGAUGUAGAUGGUGUAUUAGUUCCCAACGCGCAAAAUGAUCAUGACAUCCAACAAGUACGAGAAAUUCUUUCUGAAAAGGGUAAACAUAUUCUUAUAUUUGCAUGUAUUGAUUCUGUUGUGGGUCUCGACAAUAUAGACUCAAUACUUUCUGAAGCUGAUGGUAUUUAUGUAGAUCGCUGCAUCUUAAGCACUGACUUGCCGGUGGAAAAAAUAUUCAUUGCUCAAAAAAGCAUUCUUGCUAAAUGUAACAUAGCUGGUAAACCAUGCUUAUUCAAAGCCGUUAUCAAUGAGCAAAUUCCAACACUUUGUGUUACGGAUAUUGCCAAUCUCGUUCUUGAUGGUGCAGAUGUUCUUUCUUUAGAAUUACAUUACGAUUCACCAUUGAAAAAAUUCUCACCUGCCUUUGAUACUAUACGUAUGGCUGAACAUUGCUUGGCAGCAGCAGCUGUUAUUUGUCGUCAUGCAGAAAGAAUAGUAUGGCAACCAAGGGUUUAUGGUAACACGGAAUUAAUGCAGAGUUCUUUAGAAGAACCCACGAAAGCUAUUUGCAUAAGUGCAAUGGAGCUAGCAAUGCGUGCCCGCGCUGUUGUUAUUAUUUGUCUAACAAAUUCAGGCCGAACAGCAAAAAUUCUCUCUCAUGUAAGACCAACGUGUCCAAUAGUCGCUGUAACUAGAGCUUGUCACACGGCACGGCAGCUACGUUUCUGGCGUGGUGUACGUGCUAUGCAUUAUUUCGAAGUAGCAAGAGGAAGUUGGAUAUCCGAAGUGGAAUCUAGAAUACACGCCGCACUUGAUUACUGUAAAGCAAAAAGAAUUUUACGAGCUGGAGAUCCUUAUGUUAUUGUUACAGGGUCACGGCGAGGUGUGGGCUAUUGCGAUAAUGUUAGACUAUUGUACGCUAGUGCUAGAGAUACUGUUCUUGUAGAAUAAAAUUUUAUGUAUUUUGUAACAUCUUCAAAUAAACUGUCAAGCCAAAGAGAUAAUAUCACAGGCAUCCAGAUUGUCUUUAAAUCAAUGUUUUAGGCAUGCAAGAUAUCAGGCACAUUAUGAGACACCUAUAUACACUUUUAUACAUAUUAUUGUUACAACUUUGUCGUAAAAAGUUAGCCACCAUUAAACCACUCUACGGCUUUUGACAUUCUUUAGCCCCAAAGCUAUAUUAAUAAAUGUCUUUGUUUUACAACAAUAUCCAUGGUACUGCACGUGACUAAAUUUAAACCGGCAAAGUAAUAUUAAAAUAAUACCAUACUAUACGACGGAUUAAUUGUUUUGGAUUAAAAAUUUAUAGUUAAAAAUAUAUAUACAGUUACGUUUAA